CCAGUGCAAUACAGCAUGGGGGACGAAGACCUUCUUCGACGCAAUGCAUCAGCCGCCGAUGAAACUGGCUCUAUUCGGAGCCGCCUGCACCCACGUCACCGACCCCAUCGCCAUGGCAUCGAAAUUCUGGCAUAUCCUGCAGGGCGGAUCUCGGUGCCCCAUCCAUCACGCAGUCAGCUCUGUGACUUCCAUGUGUUUACCCUGUCGGAGGACGCCCUUCGAGGACGGCUUUUCCACAGCGACGAGUUGUCGUACGCAGACACGCACCCGAUGUUCUCCAAGGCCAAGUACCCGAAUUUCUUCCGGAUCGUCCCGAGCGAGACCGAGUUCAACUUCGCCCACUUGGGACUCCUGAAGCAUUUCAACUGGACGAAGGUCGGGACUCUCUAUCAGAAUCAGCCUCGAUUCGCUCUCGCCGCAAAUAACCUGGAAGUGAUAUUGGAUAGCUAUGGCUUUGAGGUUGCCGAGAGCCAGGGCUUCGUCAACGACGUCGCAACGGCGCUGCUGAAACUCCGCGAUAAGAACAAAGACAUUCGCAUCAUCAUUGGAAGCUUCAAUGAAACCUUCGCACGCCGUGUCUUCUGUCAGGCGUACCAGCUGGGUCUGUACGGCGGAAAUUACCAAUGGAUCAUCGCCGGAUUAUAUGGGGAUCGAUGGUGGGAAAAGGAAGGAGAAAAAGAUUGGGAGGUCGCCUGUACUCGAAGUGAAAUCCUGGAAGCCCUUAAUGGCUGUUUCAUCGCCGAUCUUCUCCCACUUCGGACCGACAACAUGAUUACCGUUGCUCAAAGGACCUCGAUGGAGUACGAGAGGGAGUACCACCGCGAGCGCCACCGCGAGUACAGCCGCUUCCACGGCUACGCCUACGACGGGGUCUGGGCCCUGGCCCUCGUCAUCCACGCUGUGACCCAGAAGAUCCUCCGACUCAGCGCGAAGGAUGGCAGGUCGCUGCUCUCCCUCAAGGAUUUCACCUAUCGGAGUCCCUUCUGGGGGAAGCUCUUCCAGGAAGCCAUCGAGGAACUCCGAUUCGAAGGCGUCACGGGGCUGGUGAACUUCACCGACAACAGCCGGAAGGGACUCAUCGUCAUCAAGCAGUUUCAAGAGGACCACGAAGUGAAGGUGGGGGAGUGGGACGGUCGGACCGAGACGCUGGACCUGAGCCGGGGGGAGGGGACGCUGUUGUGGCGGCACGGGAAGCCACCGAGGGACCGGACGCUCAAGAUCAUCGUGCCGACGAGGGUCAACAUCACGAUCUAUUCCGUUCUCGUCGUCAUCGCUUGCCUCGGGAUCGUCAUGGCGUGCUACUUCCUGGCUGUCAACACCAAGUACCGGCAUCAAAGGUACAUCAAGAUGUCCAGCCCCUACCUGAACAACCUGAUCAUCCUGGGCUGCAUCCUGACAUACUCGAGCGUGAUCUUCCUCGGACUGGACAGCCAGCUGACGAGCGUCCACUCGUUCCCGUACAUCUGCACGGCGCGGGCGUGGUUCCUCAUGGCGGGGUUCACGCUCGCCUUUGGGUCGAUGUUCUCCAAGACCUGGCGGGUGCAUGCCAUCUUCACGGACAUCAAACUCAAUAAAAAGGUGAUCAAGGACUAUCAGCUGUUCAUGGUGGUCGGGGUGUUGCUGGCCAUCGAUAUCGCCAUCAUGACCACGUGGCAGAUCGUGGACCCCUUCACUCGGGACACGAAACAGCUCGGUGCAUACAUCGAUCCAUCAGACAAGGACAGGGAAAUCGUACCGGAGAACGAGUACUGCAAGAGCGUACACAUGACCGUUUUCGUGUCCUGUAUCUACGGCUACAAAGGGCUUCUCAUGGUGUUCGGGUGCUUCUUGGCGUGGGAGACGCGGCACGUGAGCAUCGCGGCGCUGAACGACUCCAAGUACAUCGGGAUGAGCGUGUACAACGUGGUGAUCAUGUGCGUGCUGGGGGCUCCGAUUUCCUUCGUUCUCUCGGAUCAACAGGAUGCUGCUUUCAUCAUGAUCGCCCUCUUCAUCAUAUUCUGCUCAUCUACCACUCUCUGCCUCGUCUUUCUUCCCAAGUUGAUCCAGCUCCGGAAGAACCCGACCGGGAAGGAAGACAAGAAAGUGCGAGCGACGCUGAAGCCCCCGCGGGGUUCCCGACGGGACUCGGAGGAAGACGAGGAGAUCCUGAAGGGGAUCCAGUCGGCGCGGACGGUGCACAACAGGCUGCGCAACACCCUCGAGGAUCAGCAGGCCUUAAUCGUCAAGCUGCUGAACGAAGCCGGGGAGGAGGCCGGUGGGUACAUGAACGAGUAUACCUCGAAACGGCCCGAGAAACCUGCAAGGAAGAAAGAGCCAGAGUCUACGUCAUCGCUCAAUUCCAGAGACGGGGAACUGGCUCCUCUCAAUCGCACUCCUUUCCGGCGAGAGGGCUAUAAGAGCACGAUGGCACUGGGGCUGGAGGUGAUUCCCACGGGAGAUUCCCUCAGUGUCUCCUUUCAACACGGUUCCCCCCCCGGGGGGAUCGGGGAAGUGAAGACCAGCGUCACGAACCUCAGUGAGAGUGAGAGUGAACAAGGUGAAAUGAAUCGAGUGGAAGUGGAACUCCACCCCGUCAAGCCGCCGGAGAAGGGGGAAGAACCCGAGUCGCCCACCUCGUCCGAGGAAUUCUCAUACAAUCACCUGAGCGACCAGAGCCCGGAUGUGAUCCCCGUGCCCAAGACGACGUCGUCCCGUUCCUCGAGCACGUCCCCGGCUCCUCUGGGUAAAUGUCCGAUCGCAUGAUUCAUGACCCGAAUCCCUGCCGCGUCGACGCAACAGCUGAUGACGAUCCAAAGCCGCCAAAAAGAGGAAAAGGAGGGAAAGAAACGAAUGACCCGGUGAUAUAUGUGGCUUCUAAAUUGCCGGACCACCCACGGAGCGAGACAGUGAUGGAGUCCACUAAGCUGGCCGGACACACCGAACCGCACCC